AGGUGUUCCUUUGAUACCAACACAGCAGUUUGCACUACGAUCUCCACCAGAUUCGACGGCAUCACACAACGUUUCUGACAAAACCACUCGUACGACGUUUUGACGACGCGAUCCUUCAGAAAUCUUCCUUUUUCUGCGACCAAACAAGCUUCCUUGAAUUCAGUUACAAUGGACAGAGGAGAUGGACCCCACAACGGUGCUAACCACAAUGCUCCUGACCUCGUUAUGCCAGACUUAGGAGACGGACCCCACGUUGGCCCUAACCAUGCUGGACCGGUACAUAACCCACAGCAGGAAAUACUGCAGGUCAUUGAACAGUAUGGGCGAUUUGACGCUCGAACCAUUCACUGGCUGCGGUACGUCCUCAUCAAUGGACUUGUGAUGGAAGCCAUUGCUUACCUGAGACAAAUUAGAGAUGAACUGGCUUACAAUAAUUAUGAUGACUAUGAGGAAGAAGAUGAGGAAGAUGAAGAAGAUGAAGAAGAUGAAGUUGGUCAACAGUUUGAAAAUGCUCCUGCUGAGCCUCGAGUUCACUUGGAGGUCAACCGUCCCGUGGAAGCAGAAGAUCCCCUGCCUGGAGGAUCCAGGAGGAAUGAACUGCCUGGUGCCAUCUCUGACAGUGACGUCGACAGUGAUGCUGAGGAAGAUGCACCCUCCACCAGCUCAGUGCCUGGAGGAUCAAGGAGGAGGUCAAGAGAGGAAGAUGAAGGAGAUAAGAUGAGCAGGAAACGAUUCAGGUUCUGGAAUGAUGCCGUCUCAGACAGUGACGCUGACAGUGACGCUGACAGCGACGCUGACAGCGACACAGACAGCAACACUGACAGCGAUACAGACAAUGAAGAACCAGUGCGAGCACAUUCUUCUCGCCAACUGUCUGGAGGAACCAGCAAGAGGAGAAGAGAGGAGGAGGAGGAUGAUGACGACGGCAGAGGCAGCAAACAACCCAAACGCCGACGCUAUUAG